AUGGGAAAAGAAAUCCAGCAAAGACCGAAGGCAAAUGUCUCUUCCUACAUCCACUUUUCUCUGAACUACAGAAAAAAACUCAGGAAGCAGCAGCCAAAUACCUACCUCGGCUUUAAAGACCUAUCUAGAAGGUGUUCCGAAAAAUGGAAGUCCAUCUCAAUGCGUGAAAAGGCCAAAUUCGAAGCCCUGGCCAAGCUUGAGAAAGCCUGCUAUCAAGAAGAAAUGAUGAAUUACGUGGGCAAGAGGAGGAAGAGAAGAAAGCGGGACCCCCAGGCACCCAGACGGCCUCCGUCGUCCUUCCUGCUCUUCUGCCAAGACCACUCUGUCAAGCUGAAGAGGAAGAACCCGAACUGGUCAGUGGUGCAGGUGGCCAAGGCGAUGGAACAGAUGUGGCGUACGAUGACAGAUGUGGAAAAGCAGCCAUACGAACAGAGUGCAGCUGUCCUAAGAGCCAAGUACCGAGAGGAACGUGAGGCCUACUGUGAACAAC